CCUGGCGAUGCUCGAUGGCGAGCAGCGCAGACGCAGGCACUCGCCGAUGUGCACGGCCGGGCUCGAGUCGCGUGCUGGCUGUCCUGCGACCACUGGCUCAAGCUUCUCUCUGUCCCUCCACCACCACCCUCUCCUCUCCGUCGUGUCCAUCGCCUCUCGCUCGCCAGUCUCUUCGUGUUCUCUGCUCCUCACGCGUCCACCGCACCUCACGGCUCACGCGCCACUGUCCACUGUCUCUUCUCUCUCUCACUCUCACUCCCACUCUCCCUUGAACGCGCAGCAGCAGCCAAGCUAGCAAGCCAUGCUUGCCGCUGCUCCCGCCUCGCCCCUGCGCGACGCCAAGCCCUCGCGGCGCUCCGCGGCGCCCAAGCGCAGCGCGACGCGCAAGGACAAAGUGAAUGUCGUCUCCAAGGCCUCGCUGGCCAUGCUCAAUCCGGCCUAUGCCAUGGGCAUCGACGUCGCGCCGUCGUGGUGCGACUCGCCGCUCUCCGCCUCGGCAGCGCAGGAUGAAGAGUCGUACGACUCGCUGCGCGAGUGGGGCGCGGCGGGCCCUGCGGCUGCUGGUGCCCUGGCACGCUCCGUCGCCAAGGCGGGCGAUGAGCUGGGCGGCACGAUUGAGGCAUGGCGCUCGCGACCGUACUGGGCGCAACAACACCAGGAACACCUGCUGCAGUCGGACGCCAACUGGCGCAUGAGUCCCACGCCCGAACUCGAGGCGUUCACCGUCGAGGAGCUCGACGUGUGCACGUCUGCGUCGGCCUCGAGCAGCACGAGUGACUUGCCGAUGGGCGAGUUCGCAAGCGACUAUUCGCUCGAUCCGCCUUCCGUCGAGUACGGCCGGUCUUCCUUCGAGCACGACGACGACGAAGUGGCAGCACCCGUGGCACCGGCCGUCAAGACGCGCAAGAGCAAGACGGCUCGCAUGACGCGGCGAGCUUCGGAGGAUGAACAGGCGCAUUCUACCGUCAUGCCGAUUGCGGGAGGAGGCAGUAAAGGCAGCAAGUCACCGCACAGCAACUCUCUCUCGCGCUUCUUUAGCUGGAAGAGAAGCACCAAGCAUCUCGGCGGCAGUCGUGCCGGCGCCGGCAUGGCCGUGCCUCCGCUCCCCUCGUUCGACGGCGCGGGGAGCUUCGACGAGUACGCUGCGAUGCCGAUGUCUGCUCCUCCGGCCGUGACUACAUUCGACGCGGCGCUUGCGGGCACGGGCGCACCGCGGCAUCGGUAUGGCAUUGAAGAGUCGUACCCUGCACAACGUCUGGAGCGUGGAGGUCGGCCCAGUCUGGCAGUGGAGAACGAGCAGCAACUCGGCAGCGGCUCGUCUUCGGCGCCCUGCACGCCCGUGCGCGCACCGCAGGGCCUGCCUGCUGCGCCGCAGCCGCAGACGCAGCAGCAGAGCGUGGCGCAGCGAGCCAGCAAGUUUCUCGGGCGCAAGUACAGCAUGCCGACGCUGCGCGAGGUGCGACGGGCGCAGGCUAGCGCCGUGGGAGGCACGAGCAACGAGGCCAAUGCCGUCGUCUGGGGCGCCGAGGCCGCACAGGUCGGCGUGAUGGGCAGCAUGCCGCUCGACUCCGCCGCGCCCGCUCCUUCGCUGCCGCCGCUCUUCGGCGCAGAGAUGGAGUCCAUGUCGCCCAUCAUUCCCUCGACUUCCUCCUCCUCGGGCGACGGAUGGGGCAGCACCCCUCGAUCUCGUAUCUCCUCCGUCGGGCGUGGCACGGCGCGCAAGGGCACAGACAGCAUCUACGAUGGCAUCUCCUCUCCUCGGUCUCCCUCUACUCGCUCUCCCAAACUGAGCGGCGCAAGAAAGGGAGAGUUCGUCGUGGACGAGGAACACUCCUUGGCGUAUGCCGGAGUCGUGACGCCGUUGAAGGCCCUCGCUUCGGAGCCGAGACUGGGCCAAGGAGGAGGCUCGUUUGCUGAGAAGGCCAUGCGUCGACGAAGCCGUUCCAUGGGCUCCGCCACGGCUCCUCCGCCAAGACUCUCACGUUUCGGAUCGCCGCCCACCGGCUUCACGCCGACGAGUCCCUACGUCUCGACCUUCUCGCCCGUGCUGAACAGCCACAACCCACUGCCCGGCCUGGGACGAGGACGCGGAGUGCCGACGCAACGCGGCAACGGCACGCCCACUCAGCAGAGCGUGGCUGCCUUUGGCGCAGGGCGCGGUGCCGCCAUGAGCGCUGCCGCUGCUGCUGCUGCCGCGGUCGCGCAGGCAGAGGAGGCACAGCCGCGCAGCUCGUCGGAGGGCGAGACGGUGCAGCAGGCUCGCCGAGUCAAUCUGGGCGGCGGAAGAGCAGGCGUGCGUGCCGUGGCAGUCGCCAGUCCUACACUUGUGGCGCGCAGUCCGCGCAUGCCUCAACAGGCGCUCAAUGCGGGACGCAGCCGCUCGCCACUGCGACCGCGCCAGGAGAAGGCGCAGACGAAGCCGCAACUGCCCGUCAUCGUCAACGUCAUGCCGCCCACGCCCGUGCUCUGCGACGAGAAUGGCGCCUCGUUUGAAGGCGACAAGCCCAGCCUCGCUCCUACGACCGAUGGCUAUGGCCCUGUCGACGACGAAGGGGAGUCUUCGGAAGACGAGGAAGAGCCAAUCGUGCAGCGUCGUCCUCGCGCUGCCGCCUCGCCUCGCAGCGCCAUGGCGGCGCUCAGGCGCGACACGGUCGUCAUUGACUCCGCCACCUGGAUGCCCGAGGCUUUCGACGUGCCGACGCAGGGCUUGCCCUAUACGCUCCCCUCGUCUUUUGCCGGCGGCGCGUACGACAUGGAGGAGAAGCUGCGAGAGCGGCGGCCGAGUCUGGCAAGCAGCGAGCUGAGCGACAUGGACGAGAGUGUCGCCUCGUCCGAAGGCGGCGAGCCGUUUGCGCUGGCGCGAAGCCUCUCGAGCCACUCGCUCGCGAGUGUUGCUUCGAGUGUCAGCGACGCAAGCAGCAUGCCUUAUGGCUCUCCUCUGCGCACAAACCAGAGCAUGGCUUCCAGCAUCACUGCCUCCUCCACCUCGUCGCGCUCGCAAGGCAGCAGUCUGGGUCUGCGAGGCAUGCAGUUUGACUCGAGCAGCUCGCUGUGCAGCAGCACUACGACGUCUACCUCCAUUCUCGACUUUGGCAUGACGUCUGCCUCUUCCUCCAUCGGCAUCGCCAAGGAGGCGCUUCGGCAGCCCUUCAACUACGCGCCUGCCUCGUCGGUCGAGCCGCUCGGCGAGGACUGCGAGACGCCGCGUCUUUCCGGCGGCGCCGCUCAAAUCGCAGUGUUCGCCUCGCCCGUGCGCGCGGCCGCUCCGCUCGCGUCGUCGACUCAGCUGCGCUCCAGUCCCGAACGCAUUGCCUCGCCUCUGCUCGAGCUCGACCUCUCCCUUCCUCUCGAUCUCGACUCGCUCUCCAACGCCGUCGGCCUCGCCGCGCUGCAUUCUCCCAAGCGCACGCUCCGCUCGCCCGGAGGAGCAGCGAGGGGCAAGGCCGCCUCGCCCAUCAAGCCUCCCAAGUCGCGCGCUCGCGUCGAGCAGCAGCGCUCCAAGGCCGUCGUGGCGGCGGCGGCAGCGCCGACUACGCCUCCCUCCUCCUCGGCGGCGACGACGCGCGAGAGCGUGUACGAUGGCGCAUCCUUCGACGAGGCGGGCCUCGGCCUGGGACUGGGCCUCGACUUUGGAGCGCCGCAGCCUCACCAGCAGCAGGAGGCGCCAAAGCAGACGCAGGCGCUGCGCGUCGUGAAGCGCACGCAGGAGCCCAAGGCGGAACAUGCAGCGCUCUGGGGAGAGCUCGGCUUCGCUAUGUGAAUGCUCUCCCUCUGCUCUCUUCUCUCCCUCUCGUUCCUUUACUCUCUUUCUCUCGAAUGAGCCGGGCCUCGCCCUCAUACCCUCAUUUCCGCCUCGCGCGUCUGUCUCUCCGUGUCGCUCCCUCGACUCUCGACUCUCCUUCGUCCGCUCUCCACCUGUAUUACCCCUCACGUUCCCGCGCCUCUCGCGCGCCGUCGUUCCCCGUCGCAUAAUCUAUCCCUGACGCCCG